AUGGAGGGAAAUAAACUGGAGGUGAGUAUAAACAAACAGAGUGAUCUGCAGUAUGUGAAGGACUACAGACCUCAGACUGAAGGCCUGCAGCACAGGAUUCUUCUUCAUGGUCCAGUUGGAGCUGGAAAGUCCAGUUUCAUCAACUCUGUCCAAAGUGUCGUAAAAGGCACAACGUCCAAAAAGGCUGGGGCGGCUAACAUCUCUGGCAGCUCUUAUACCAGAAAGUACACAACCUACAGGAUCCAAAAGGAUGGACAGAAUACCUUUCACCCUUUGGUUCUCAAUGACACCAUGGGGCUGGAAUGCAACAGCAACAGACGCAAAAAAGUCUAUGUCAAAGAUAUCAAACAGGCGAUGAAGGGACGUGUGAGAGACGGAUACACGUUCAAUCCUGAAUGUAAGAUAUCAAAGGAGGAUCCAAAAUACAACCCAGACCCAACUGCCAACGACAAAGUGCACAUUCUGCUUUGUGUCGUUGAUGCCAGCGCAGUAUCUCAGAUGAGUCCUAAAGCUAUAGAGACACUGCAGGACAUCAGAGAGGAGGCCUCUGACCUGGAUAUUCCUCAAGUGGCCAUUCUCACCAAAAUUGACUUAAUCUGUCCGGAGAUUAAAAAGGAUGUAAAGAAUGUCUACAGGAGCAAGAUACUAAAGAAAAGGAUGGAGGAGUUCAGUGCAGCGGUGGGUUAUCCCAUGAACAGCAUCUUCCCUGUGAAGAACUACCAUGAAGAAAUCAACUUCAACAGUGACAUUGACUCACUGAUCCUGAGCUCCCUGAGAGACAUCAUCGACAACUUGGGGUCCAGCUGAGGAUAGUGAUUCCAGACUUCAGUAUUGAACCUACAACCCCAUACGCUGAGUAAGAAGAUUCUUGUUUCAAGAGUCAUACAGUAUACUGGUUCAAGGUACAGCUGUUGUAGUUGUAUCUGGACGGCUCUGAGCCUCCACCUGGGAUUUAUGUUGUCUGUUAUUCAGUCAAAUAAUCUAAACUCAGAGUGACUGUAGAUUUGUUCUAUCUAUGACCACAUAACUGCAAAUUAAGACAUUUAAAUGUAUAUUUCUAUAGAUAUAUCUAUGCCUAUUUCUGUCUUGCUUUCUGCUGCAGCUCCACCCUGUGGAAGAAUAUUGUAUUACAGUUCAUUUCCACAUAGAGGAUCUUUGACUGUAUAUCAUAGGCUACUCAAACUGAGCUUGGCAAGACUACUUUUUCAUUUGCCUCUCCACAUAUCCGUCUUGGAACCAGCCCCUGCUGGCGUGCAGACUAGAUUAGAACAAAAGAAUGUUUAUUCAUGUAGCUUGAAAAGAAUUGACAACCACAUGGUAGGAUCUUGUUUGUGACUGAAGUAACCUCAAAACACAUGGAUUUGGGGGACGACGGCCCAAUGGAGAGAGUUUUCAUCCAAGGAACCGCCCCCAAAACU